AUGGCGGACUUGCAGCGCACGGCGAUAACCAGCGAGCGAGCUCCACAACCCCUCGGCGCCUAUUCAGUCGGAAUGUCGGUAAACGCGGGCCGCCUGCUCUACGUGGCUGGGCAGGUCGGAGUGGACACAGGCGGGACACUGGUAGGACCGGGAGACGCGGCGGCACAGACCCGCCAGGUGUUGGAAAAUAUAGGCCACAUCCUGGAGGCCGCCGGUGCCCACUUUAGCAACGUGGUUGAGUUCACCACAUACGUAGUGGGACGCAGUUCGGUGCAGGGAUUCAUCGAUGGCCGAAACCAGGUCUUCCCACAGAUUUUCCCCAACGGCGAUUACCCGCCCAACACCCUCCUUGUGGUCGAUGGCUUGGUCCGCGAGGAGUUCCUCGUCGAAAUCAAAGCCGUGGCCGCCCUCCCGUAA